AUGUCAGGCCUUCGCCGUCGAUUUGGGUACAUCUUCUCGGCCUCUAACCCUAGCUCUCCAUCCACCGAAUCCACGGCAGAUACCCCAGACGAAGGCAGCAGUAGUGCUACUCUUUCGCAAACGGAACGCACAGCUGUUAGCUAUGAUGCCUUCUCGAUCGGCCUCGGCCUUCAGGCUCAGGGCAUCACAGCAAAUCACCCGAUCAUUAUGGUUCCUGGGGUCAUAUCCACAGGGCUAGAGAGUUGGGGAACGGACGAAAAGUCGAGACCAUAUUUUAGAAAAAGGUUAUGGGGAAGUUGGAGUAUGAUGCGAGCCCUCGUCCUCGACAAAACUGGCUGGAAAAAUCACAUUAUGCUCGAUAAGAUCACGGGCUUGGAUCCCCCUGGUAUUAAACUCCGGGCGGCGCAGGGUUUUGAUGCAACGGACUUCUUCAUUACGGGUUACUGGAUUUGGAACAAAAUUUUGGAAAACCUUGCGACGAUUGGUUAUGAUCCGACUAAUGCUUUCACCGCUGCCUAUGACUGGCGGCUUUCCUAUCUCAACCUCGAAACGCGCGAUCACUAUUUUAGUAGACUCAAGGCAUACAUCGAGACGGCCGUGAAGCUCUCGGAUAGGAAGGUCGUUCUUGUUUCGCAUAGCAUGGGCUCGCAAGUUGCCAUGUUUUUCUUCAAAUGGGUUGAGAGUCCGGAACAUGGAAACGGGGGAUCUGACUGGGUAGAGACGCACAUCGAUUCGUGGAUCAAUAUCAGCGGCUGUAUGCUAGGGGCUUCAAAGGGAGUUCCGGCUCUUCUGUCAGGAGAAAUGAAAGACACUGCACAACUCAAUGCCUUCGCUGUAUACGGGCUCGAAAAAUUCCUUUGCAAAUGGGAGAGAGCUGAGCUUUUCCGCGCAAUACCUGGAAUAUCAAGCAUGCUCCCGAAAGGCGGAGAGGCCGUCUGGGGAAACAAUUCCUGGGCUCCAGAUGACCAAGAAGAUCAACCCUUUACGUUUGGCAACCUGAUCAAUUUCAGGGAGGCAAAUUCGUCGAACACCCAACAGAACCUUACUGCUAAGACGAGCCUGCCAUUUCUCUUCAAUCACACGGAGCAGUGGUUCCAAAACCAGGUCCUCCGGAACUAUUCACACGGUGUCGCACAUACGGCGAGGGAGGUCGAAGCGAACGAAAAGGAUCCGCGCAAGUGGCUAAACCCGCUGGAAGCACGCUUACCCCUUGCCCCAAACCUGAAGAUAUAUUGUUUCUAUGGAGUUGGCAAGCCUACAGAGCGCAGCUACUUUUACCACCAUGAUACCGACAUGGUAUCGAAGCUCAAUUUCAGCAUCGAUACGACGGUGACAAACGGGAUAGUGGACCGUGGAGUGGUUAUGAGCGAGGGAGACGGUACUGUCAACUUGCUGAGUUUGGGAUAUAUGUGCGCGAAAGGUUGGGGGAUUAAACGAUAUAACCCCGCUGGUGCGAAUGUCAAAGUGUAUGAGAUGCCUCAUGAGCCUGAUCGUUUCUCGCCUCGAGGAGGUCCUAAUACCGGCGACCAUGUCGAUAUUCUCGGACGGUCCUUGCUCAAUGACCUAGUCCUUCGUGUCGCAGGUGGGAGAGGCGACAUGAUCGAAGAGAACUACGUGUCACGAAUAAGAGAAUAUUCCGAUCGGGUCAAGAUCUAUGAAGAAGAAUGA